AUGUCAUCUCAAACGAGUCAUAACGAAGUCAACAACUUCCUCCGGCUCGCGACCGAGUCCAUCGCCAAAGGCUUCACAGCCGCGGCGCAAGUCGCCCACGAGAUGCACUCUUACAGAGAAAGCUCUAUCGCGGCAAAGAGAGUAUUUACGCUUAAUCCGACCAGUGAAAAAAUGCUACAACUAUUUCCUAAUUUUGCACCUCUUGUUCAAGCAAUUUAUUCGAUAAUUGAGCAAAUUAUGAUUCAAAUCUCAAAAACCGAUGCAGAUCCAAACCUGUGGAUGACACUAGGACACGGAUAUCUUGUUAUCGGAGACUUUCCGAAUGCUUUUUCAGCUUACGCAAGAGCAAUAAGAUUAAAUCCGAAUAAUAACGACAUAUUUUUCCUCUACGCUUAUGGAAUUGUGUAUAAUCACUAUAACUACAAAGAUCACGCACAAAGCUGCUUCACACAAGUUCUGGCGGAGAAAGAAAAAUUUAUUUAUUAUCCAGAUUUGGUCUUUCGAUUUGCCAUUCUACUCCGAUCGAAGGGAGAAUAUGACAAAGCAUUAGAAUUCUUCGAUAUCUCGCUUCAUAAUCCUCCUAACGGUCUAAGUGAUGCAGAUAUUCAAUUCCAACGCGCCUACACGCUCAGUCUCAAGCGUGAUAACAAUUCCGCGUUCCAGAUAUAUCAGACUCUCUACCAGCACUAUCCAAAUUCCAUUGAAGCCGUUGAACAAUAUGUUUGGUUUUUAUAUCUCAACAAAAACAAUACAAUGCCAAACGACGAAAUACAGAAAAUUAUCAACGAGCACCGCGACCACCCGAAUCUUACAAUUCUAAGCGCCAGAAUCGCAAUGAAAGAGAAUGAUACAGAAAAAGCAUACCAGAGCUACAGAAGUUGCAUUCCUUACUGGAGUGAGAACUCCUAUUUCUGGUGCGCACUCGGAUGCCUCUACUACCGGAACGGACAAGAGAAAGAUGCCGAAAUCGCCUUUAGUAGGUCAAUCUACUUAGACCCGAACUUCGAAGAAGCAUGGCUCAACCUCGGAUUGGUCCUAGAUUCAAGACCACAGAUGGCGUUGGAGAUUUAUAAGCAGGGAAAGGACAGAUGCGUUAAUUCAAGGGAACUCGAGAAGCGUAUACAGUCAUACAGCUUACCAAGUCAUCCAACACCAACAAUCAUAGAGGUAAAUGACGCUAAUUUCUUUGAACAAGUUCCUUUGAAAUUUGCAUCGCAAUACGUAAACGCAGUUCCAAUUUUACCAGCAAGUUUGUUCGGAAAGGCAACAGAGGGACUUAAUUUCGAAGAAUUCUCUACAUUCCCUAAGUCCUUGUUCGCGUAA